AAGUAAUUUUUAUAAGAUACCCGCAAAGGUAUAGUAAUCCAUCGCGAUAACCGACAAUCCGACAUUACGGCCAACAUACGGUACACGUCAGGUUAUUGUAUUCUCUAUUUUACGUUUUGCAUUUUAUAAAACAAUAAAUAUGACAGUAAAAUUAAAUCUGAAGAACAUAAAGGACAAACUGAAAGACAAUAGUCUUGACCUUAGUUUAUGUGAACUGAAAGAAGUACCUGUGCGAGAAAUCGCAUCUAUCAGGAAAGCCACAAAUGUAAAUUUAUCGACCAAUCUUCUGGUUUCAUUGCCGACUACUUUUGUUACUCUAAGACAAAUUGUGAAGUUGGAUCUCAGUAGAAACAUGUUAACUGAAUUGCCUGAAAACUUUGGUGCAAUGACACAAUUAAGACAUCUUGAUUUAUAUGCUAAUCAGAUCAGCAGAUUACCAUUAAGUCUAAGUGAACUAAAGAACCUAAGAUGGUUGGACUUGAAGGAAAAUCCCUUGACUGAAGCUGUAGCAUCUGUAGCGGGACCAUGUAGUAACUUGAACGAGUGUCAAGCUUGUGCUCGCAAUGUUGUCAAUUAUUUAUCUACUGUUAAACUUCUCAUAGAAGAAGAGAAGUUACGUAGAUUAAAUAAUACCACAGGUGAGACAGAGAAAGAAGUGACAACUGUAAAGAAGGAAAGUAAAAAGAAAAAGAAGAGAGAUUCAGAAAAGGAAUAUAAGACAAACUCAAAUAAAAUUGAGUCUUCAACACAGAACAAAGAUUUGCAGGACAAUAAUGAUAAUAUAAGAUUAACUGAAUUUUCUAAUAAUGCGUGUAGACACGAAUCGCAUAAAUUUACAGCUGUUGGUAAGUCAGGCACUAAAUUGUAUCGAUCUCUUACAUGGAUAACUAUAUGGUUCUUCAUAAUCAGUUCAUUGCUUACUAUAGCACUAUUAGUUUUUUCAUGGCAUUAUGAACAACAAACAGAUACAUUUCUGCAAAAUGCACAAACAUUGUUGGGCCUACCAUUGAAAACUUAUCAUAAACACACCAUAGACUUGCUGCAACGUGUGAUAGAUAUCACAGUGUUACAAAUAGAAUCUGUUACCGACAUGAUAAACGAUUUUUAUGAAACGCAUUUUAAAAGUAAUACAAAUAAUGCGAGAAAUGAUUUAUAAAAUUGUUUCUUUAUUGAUAUAUUAAUAUAUUUGAACAAUAUAACACAAAAAGUAAAAUUGUAACAAAUUAAUACAGAUUUGGGUAGAAAUUGCGUUUCUUGACACAAACUAUUUGUUGAGAUAAAGAGAAAGAUGAGUUUUUGUACAUAUACAAUGUUUAUUAACUACAAUAAUACCAUGGCAUUUAUGUGCAUUUAAUAAUUAAUUAUAUCAUGAAGACAGAGUAUAAUUAUUUUUAACAAAGAAUAAAAGAAAUAAAUGAACAAGUA